UGUUUGUUUUUAUUCUUCCAUUCGCACCAGAAUUUUCAACACGCGUUAAGAUAUCAAAUUGAAAAAAAAAAUAUAUAAAUUUAUUAAUAAAAAUUUAACACAAAAUGUCGGCGAAAAGCUUCAGUAAACCCCGCUUAUCCAAGGGCAUAUUGGAAAUGAAAUUUAUGCAGCGCACCAAAGACAAGGUGGACAAAGAAAUUGAGGCGGCCGAGGGUAGAGCCAUGUACUCCAAUGAGAUUACAGACAAAAUGUUAAACGGCAACUCAAAUUUCAUAAUUGAACCUAGUUUUGUUCACUGUGAAAAUCUUAUCGAUGGACGCUUAAGUUUUCGUGGCAUGAACCCAGAGAUUGAACGUUUACUAGAGCUAGAACGUGAAGAGAAGGCGGCUGCCAAGAAACAAGAACAAAGCACCGAUGUGUCCAACGAAGAUAUGAUGAAGUUCUAUCAAAACAAAACGGCCGGAGCUGGUCAUACCAUAGAAAAGAAAUUUUCCAAAUUUAAGAAAGUCAACAAUAAUCAAAAUAAAAACCACAACAAUAAUAAAAGACACAUAGUGGAAGGUGCGGGUGCUGCUGGUAGUGCGGGAAAAAAUAAAAAAUCAAAGUUUAUGAAACCCAAAGAUAGUGAUGAUGAUGAACAAAAUGAUUAAUUUCUUACUUAGAGUUAUAAGUAGUUUUUAAAUUUCCCUUUAGUUAAUAAGAAUACUUAACACCCAUAAAAAACAGCUUUUACAUAAUAUUUCUUGUAAUUUUUUUAUUUUUUAGAAAAUAUAACACAACAUAAAUGAAAUAAAAAUUAUAAUUAACAAGUCUUUAAUAAAAAA